AUGGUCUAUCCCCGCGCCCGAGUUCCGAUGGAUCUGCGACACAUCCCUCGAUCGAGGGACUUUGACUCCAAUUCUCUUCGUCUCUUAUCCCGACAAGCCACCGUCGAGCGGGACUCCUUUGGAUCUCAGCGGUCCGAGUCUCUUGGAGUCCGUGACCAUCGCCCCGUCGAGGCGACUUCGCCGUUUGCUCGCACUCGACGACCGUGUGUCCCACUCGCACCGCCCUCCUCGUUCCCGGCCAUUCUUCGUCCUCCGGCCGUUCGACUCGCCAAUCCGGUGAACCACGUCCCGCGCAUCACCCCAAUCACCAUCGCGGCCCACCCCUCGGACGAGAGCCUGCCCCGAGGUCUGCCGCGCGACGCCUUCCCCCUCCUGACCGUGCCUGAACGUCGGCGUAGUCGCUUGACUCCAUCGCCCAUCUCGCCGACCAGCUUGACCGUCGAGCGCAGCCAAGGAGAGACGGAGAGUGGACACACCAGCAUCGCCUUACCCCCGCGGGUCCAGCGUAACGAUUCCUUUCUCUCUACCGACAUGGCCUUUGCAGGGAGCGCCGCCCGAGAGGUAGAGAAUCUGCGCCCACCGGAGGAGGUGCAUCUCGGGCAAGAUGGCCAUCGUCGCCGGGAGGAAAAUCGACCUCCCCGCCACGCCCCCUCGCAGACCUCUCUCCGUUCCCAAUCCCAGAUCGCCUCGGUGCCCUCCAUCACAGGCCAGCCGCCUCCCGACGUCGCCGACGAACUGGCAUGGGGCCCUGCGCACCCAUGCUAUCCGCACUUCAACCCCCACGUCCCUAUCGGCUCGCAGGAAUAUCUCACCACCCGUGUCAUUCGCAUCCGCCGGGACUGGAUGAUCAAGGGGGACCUGGCGCCCACCUUGUCCAACCUCUAUCCGGAGAUCCUGGACCCCUUGUUGCCGGAGCAAGAGUUUCGCCGCGUGAUUGCGACCAUCAACGAGGGCCUGAUCCAGGCCUUUGACCCGUUUAGCGUCCGAAACUGGUUGGACGGGGCCCUGGGACUCUUGACGGGGUGGAUCUGGGAUGAUCUCAAUGCCCCGGGUGUCAAACGCCAGCUGCAGCAGGUGGAAUCCUGGAUCGAGAGCUGGAAUCGGGACGUCGGCGCCAAAGACGGAGUGCAUAUCUGGAGUCUUCGACGGACCGCGUACAUGUCUUUGGACAUACAGAUCCCCGAUCCCAAAGUCGGCAUUGCGCCGAGUGAAGGUCCCUCGAUGCCCAAUACCAGACCCAGCACGGGGGUAGGGCCGGGCGUUUGA